AUGCCACUAAUUUACCAUGCUAUUGUUUUUAUUCUGUUCGGCUUCGUUAAUGGUCAACUUUCAUCGAAUUGGAAAGAGGAGAUUUUGCAGUUGCACAACGAAUAUCGUCAGCAAAUCCGUUCCUGUUCGGCAACAGGUCAGCCCCCGGCUAAAUCAAUGGCUCUAUUGCGAUGGAACGAGAACUUGGCCAUGAAAGCUCAACGAUUGGCUGAUCAGUGCCGUGUAGGCCACGAUUCAGCCGAGGAACGACAAACAGAUCCAUGGCAAUGGGUUGGACAGAAUUGGGCAGGCGUGCAGGAUGUGAAAACGUCAGUUCCCAGUUUGAAAGCUGUGAAAAUGUGGUUUGAAGAAUACGUCAAUUAUGAUUUUGGAUCGGGCCAGUGCCGUUCCGGAAUGUGCGGUCACUAUACACAACUCAUCUGGGCUAAGACCACAGAUGUCGGAUGCGGGGUAAGAGACUGCGGCUCUGGUGCCACGUUUCCGUACGGUUUGUCGAUCGUGUGCAACUAUGGUCCGGGGUAA